UUCGUCCUUUCAAAGAUUCUAUUACAGAGAAACAAAACUCUUCUUUCUAGAUUUUGGAUUUUAAUUUUUUGGUGAGAGAAAUGUUGGCUAUAUUUCACGAGGCGUUUGCUCAUCCGCCGGAGGAACUCAACAGUCCGGCAUCUGAGAAAUGCUCUAAACAACCUAAACUUCCAGAAGAAACCCUAAACGAUUUCUUGCUACGUUACCCUCUCAACACUUUCUCCAUGUCUUUCGGACAAGCAGCUGUUCUUGCUUACGUUCGUCCCUCUGCUUCCUUCUCCAUCCACCAGAGGUUGUUUUGUGGAUUUGAUGACAUCUACUGUCUGUUCUUUGGGAGCUUGAACAAUCUGUGUCAGCUAAACAAACAAUAUGGUCUAACCAAGACAACAAACGAGGCCAUGUUUGUGAUCGAAGCUUAUAGGACUCUUAGAGACAGAGGUCCUUAUCCAGCUGAUCAGGUCGUCAAAGACUUAGACGGCAGCUUUUCCUUUGUGGUUUAUGAUAGCAAAGCCGGUUCUGUCUUCACGGCUCUGGGAUCUGAUGGAGGGGUGAAGCUAUACUGGGGCAUAGCUGCUGAUGGAUCUGUUGUUAUAUCAGAUGAUUUGGAUGUUAUUAAAGAGGGUUGUGCUAAAUCUUUUGCUCCAUUUCCUACAGGGUGUAUGUUCCAUAGCGAAGGAGGGUUAAUGAGCUUUGAGCAUCCGAUGAAUAAGAUCAAGGCGAUGCCGAGAGUGGACAGUGAGGGAGUUUUAUGCGGUGCCAACUUCAAGGUGGAUGUAUACAAUCGUGUUAACAGUAUCCCUCGUCGAGGAAGUGAAGCCAAUUGGUCUCUCUGAAUCCUUGACACUUUCAAAUUGGUUUCUUUUUCGCACUUGUUGUUCUUCUCCGCUUUAUCUUAGUUAUGGACUGUUCCUAAGUUUGCCAUGAAUAAAACUGUGAAUUAGCU